UGGCGCCGUGGGAUGUGCGAGGAUGGCCGCGCGUAGGCUCGAGUUGCCGCGGAACGCCGCGGAGUCCGCCGUCCGGUCCAUCGGCCUCGGCUACGACGUCGCCGCCGACGUCCGCCUCAAGUUCUGCAAGCAGCGGGGCGAGCCGCUCAUCGAGCUCGACCGCGACGGGGUGCAGGACAUCGUGCUCCCCGGCAGCCUGACCGUCGCCGGCGUGCCUAAAUCGAUCAAGUGCGACAAGGGGGAGCGCAUGCGGUUCCGGUCGGAUGUCCUCUCGUUUCAGCAGAUGUCGGAGCAAUUCAACCAGGAGUUAUCUUUGUCAGGAAAAAUUCCAUCUGGUCUCUUCAAUAAUAUGUUUGAAUUUACUGGCUCCUGGCAGAAAGAUGCUGCUAGUACCAAGUCACUUGCUUUUGAUGGUUGGUGCAUCACACUAUACACUGUUGCUCUCUCGAAGGCACAAAUUGUACUACGAGAUCAUGUCAAGCAGGCUGUUCCAUCAACUUGGGAACCUGCUGCUUUGGCAAGGUUCAUUCAAAAAUAUGGGACACAUAUAGUUGUAGGUGUAAAAAUGGGAGGGAAGGAUGUAAUUUAUUUGAAACAACAGCAUUCAUCAAGCUUACAAGCCGUUGAUGUUCAAAAACGAUUGAAGGAGAUGUCUGACAGUAGAUUUCUUGAUGCAAAUGGGCAAUCUGACAUUAGCUUCAGAGAUGCAUACGGGAAGGAUAAGAGUGACAGAAGAGAGCAGCGACUGAGAUUUGUGGAGUCCAGUCCACUAAAUUCUUAUGCUUCGAAGGAGGAUUUGGUAAUGAUGCCUAAGCGAAGAGGUGGAAGGGAUAAAGAUAUGAUUUCUCACGGCGAGUGGCUGAAUAGUGUUCAAGCACAACCUGAUGUUAUCUCAAUGUCUUUUAUACCUAUUACUUCACUAUUGAAUGGAGUUCCUGGAAGUGGAUUUCUGAAUCAUGCAAUCAAUUUGUACCUUCGUUAUAAGCCCCCAAUUGAGGAAUUACACCAGUUUUUGGAGUUCCAGCUUCCAAGGCAGUGGGCACCUGUUUAUAGCGACCUCCCUCUGGGUCCUCAGAGGAAAAGGCAAAACAGUGCAUCUUUACCAGUAACUUUUAUUGGUCCAAAGCUUUAUGUUUGUACCAACAUGGUUGAUGUGGGCAAAAGACCAAUUACAGGACUCCGGUUGUUUCUUGAAGGAAAGAAAAGCAACAAAUUAGCUAUCCAUCUCCAGCAUCUCUGCUCUCUUCCUCAGAUAAUUCAGCUUGAGGAUGACCCUUACAAUAACCAAAGUCCAGAACCAUACGACCGCAAAUACUUGGAACCAAUAGGAUCAUGGAAGCGCUUCUCUCAUGUAUGCACAGCACCAGUGGAGUCAGAAGAUUCCUCCAUCGUCACUGGAGCACAGCUAGAAGUGAUCAACCAAGGUUUCAAGAAAAUAUUGUUUCUUCGCCUCACUUUCUCCAAAGUCCUGAACGCUGCCCCUGUCAGGCAGCCCGAGUGGGAAGGGUCUCCGAACCUGAUCCAGAAGUCUGGCCUCAUCUCGACGCUUAUUAGCACACAUUUCUCCACGGCAGCCCAGAAGCCGAUGCCCCGGCCCGCCGACGUUAAUAUCAACUCAGCAGUGUACCCUGGCGGUCCGCCUGCCCCGGUGCAGGCCCCAAAGCUGCUCAAGUUUGUGGACACAACGGAGAUGAUGCGUGGCCCCCAGGAUCUUCCAGGCUACUGGGUAGUCUCGGGUGCGAAGCUGCACAUGGAGAGGGGCAAGAUCUCCCUGCGUGUGCGCUAUUCGCUCCUGACAGCCAUGCUGCCCGACGAUGAGGAUACGCUUGAUGAUGACUUUUAGAACCCGAGGAAGCAAGCGGAAUCAACCUCGUCGGCCCCUUAUUCUUUUUUCAAUGUGCAGCUAACUGUGAGAUCCCAGAUGAAUGGAAGGGUUUAUGAUUUCCAUUGCGUCUGUGCUCUCGUCGUUGGUUUCUGUUGUAUACACAUGCAUUGUGGUUUCCAAACAUGUAGGCGUUCAGGACUGAGUGUUGUGUCCGGAAUGGAGGGAGAGAAAAAUUUGUUGUUGUGGCGUGGACUUGAGUUGACUAGUUAGAUGACAAGACUGAAAUUAUUUGUAUAUACAAAAUGGAGCAUGUAAACUGUUUUUGGUUGUAUGGUACCGAGCGCGUCAA